AUGGUGAUGCCUAUUCCAUGUGGGAGGAAGAAAACCGGUUGGUCCAGUAUUGGCUUCAAGUCUGUGAGUGUGCAUAAUGCCAGGGCAGAUGUGUUCGUAUUUGUUGAGGAACCUGUUGAUUUUGCAAUGCUCAUGCCUUGGGCUUGGUGUGAGAAAACUACAGGAAAAGUUUCCGAGUUUCCUAAUAACAUACCAGCUUGA